UUUAUUUGAUUUUUCUUUCCCCUUUCCCUUUUUUUUUGUUUCAUAAAUAAUGAUAGUGAGUAGAAUUGAUGUUAAAAACAAUCAAUUAAAGCAAAGUAAUAUGUUAUCCUCAUUUUUAGAUACGACAAUGGAAAGUGAAAAUACGACUGAAAAUCCCCCUUCACACUCUGCAGAGGCAUACUCUAUCGCCAAUCAUGAAACACCUAUUGACUUCUUUUUUAAUCAUAAAUCUACUAUAAAAUUACCUAAUGGAUGGACGACACAGAGAAAAAGAGCAUCUAUAUUUGAAUUCGAUACUAAUAUUCAAACCUUAAGUGAACUCUAUUCAGCUCUCAUGGACCUUCGAAACCAACUUCCAGAUCCUGUGGCAAGUGAAUUAGAAGCACCCUUUAAGCCAACUUUAUUCACAUUUGGAUCUUCAUCUUCAUCGUGUUUUACAGAGAAUAGCUUUUUCUCUUCAACAACAAGAUCUGUUUACCACGAUCUUCAUAGCCCAACUAUAACUUCAUUACAUAAUAGCAAUGUUGAUAAUAAUAAUGAUGAUGAUGAUCAAGAAGUAAUCUAUCAACGACUUGAGUGGACUUAUCCUGACUUUAUUUUUGAUCUCUUGAUAGAUAUUUAUUUUAAUUGCUGUAUCUCACCCAUACGUCUACAGUCUCGAUUAGACAGAUUUCAAAAGUUAUCGAUAAAGCAAAGAGCUUAUCUAUGUGCUAUCUAUGCUUAUAGUUCAUUACAUGCCUUGAUUUGUCAUCCUGAGAGAUUUAGUAUGUAUAGCCUUCUUAUGCAGUCCUUAGCUAAAGAUGCUUACAAGGUUGCCUUUGAACUUGUCGAAUUUGAUUCUAUAGAUGUCAUCACAGUUGAAACACUUGUUAUUAUGUAUCAAUAUUUAAUGACAUCUGGAUACGAAGGAGAGGCGCGUAAUUUGUUUUCCUUGGCUCAAAGACAAAUGGAACUUUUAUUAUCAUCAUCAUCAUCAUUUAAUAAAGAAGACAUAGAUUUGCAUCGACUCUUUGUCUGGAUGACAGAUUUAGAUUGGUCGUUUGCUUUACUUUCAACGAAUCAGUUUCAUACUCAUCAAUCACCUACUACUAUUCGAUAUUGUGAUGUAAAAGCAUCUUUAAAAAGGAUUCAAACGAGAGACCAUCAUGCUAAAGAAGACGAACUCUCUAUAAAGGCAGCCAAGUUCAGAAUAAAAGGUUUACAUAUCCUCUUAGCCACUUCUUAUGCAACGAUAAAGGAAAAUACGACUUUAGCCUCAUCCUCAAAUUUAAGUCAUUCACAUGAACGCUUAAAUCGUUGGAGAUCAAAGUAUCUAAAGACAUUUUUAUAUAAACGUCAACCGUCUUCUAAUGAGUAUACGCUUGAGGAUCAGUUAGCGUUGAGACUUCAUGCUCUCUAUUUUACAAACAUGUUGGGAUUGCAUCAGCAGCAUAUGUUGAAAGGAUUUGAAGAAGAUCAAACUAGAUGGGGGUCUAUCCUUGAUAGACAACAAGAAUGGACAGAUUAUUUUAAUGACCAAGCCACAAAUAAAGGGAAUGAAAAAGUCGAACGAGGUCUUUAUAGUAGUAUGAAUGCAGCUUAUGGAUUUAUUCAAGUCAUUCAACUUUUAUUAAAUGAAAAAGAUUAUUGUACUUUACCACAAGUAAGCAAAAAAUAAACGCAC